AUGAAAGCCACCAAGAAAUGCAUGGGGCUGGGAACAGAGAAUAAAAAAUCUGAAAAAAGAAUAAAUGCAGCCACAGAGAUCCAGGCCUGGUGACGGGCCCUGGUACGCUGGACGCUGCUGCAUGCAGCGCUCAGGGCCAGGGUCAUUCAGUGCUGAUGGAGGCUGACCCUGGCAAGGCUGCUGCGUAAGAAGUGGAGGGCAGCCCCGAUUACAUACAGAGAGAGGGCAGUGGUCAAGCUCCAGUCCUUGGUCCGUAUGUGGCGCAUCCACUGACGAUACUGCCAAGCGCUCAGCGCCGUCUACCUCAUCCAGUGCCACUGACAAUGCCAAAACUGCCAGACCUGUGCUCUCCUCCGGGGCUACUGUGUCGUCACAGCCACUCACCUGCAGUUCCACAUUGAAAUCAUCAACCCCUAA